UUUUGUGCGAUUAUACGUAGGUUUUGAAAAUUUAUACAGUGAAAGAAAAUUGGAGCCAAACCUUAUUUUGAGCCAAAAUGGAAAUACAGUUGUUGAUCUACGCGAUGAAAACGACGCAUGGCAAAGAAAUCGUUCUUGGAUUUAAUUAAGAUCAAUCAAUUUCUCAUUAAGCAUAAAAAAUAACCUAAAAAUGUCCGGAAUCUAAAUAAUAGGAAUAUCCCUUCAAAUCUUAAAAAAAUAAAUCAGAUCUUCACUGAAACAUCAUGUAUAAUAAGUCAAAUGAAUGUUGCAAGUACAGAGAUAGAAUUUCAGAUCAAAAGAAAAAGAAAAAGACCAAAAAGAAAAAAUUGAUUGAAAAUGAAAAUUGUGAAGAAGUAGAAAAUUGCAAUCAAAGUCGCACUAAAUGUUUACAAAAGAAAGGAAAGAAAGUCGUUAAAGUUGAAUCUUCCAAAUUUAAAUCAGAGAUGAAUGAUUUGCUUUCAAGACUUAAACCCUCCUUCCCUGAAAGAGAAAAGUACUUUAAUCCACAUCACGUUAUUUGUUUUUUAGAAGGAAUGAAAAAAAAGGAUCUGAAACAACAAAAUAUAAUUUAUACAAUCGAAGGUUCCAAAUCUUACUCAGGUACGAUGGGAAAAUCAAGAAGGAUGCAGAAAAAACCAAGCCAGGCUGUUAAAUGCGAUUCUAUUUGUUCUUUUGAUAGCGUUGUUGAUUUAGCUGGUUUGACACUGACGAGAGAGGAAAUGGAAGAAAUUGCGAAAAAUCUAAAGAAACAACAAAAAGGGCAAAAGAAGAAAAAGGGUGGACAGGAAAAUAAGGUCCAAGAGCUGGUCGAAAAAAAGGCACCUGAUGUCGAAGAAGAAAAAGAAGAAGAAAAAGAAUUACAAAAAGAAGAAGAAAAAGAAGUAGAAAAAGAAGAAGGAAAAGAAGUAGAAAAAGAAGAAAAAAAAGAAGUAGAAAAAGAAAAAGAAAAAGAAGUAGAAGUUACAGAGGAACAGUAAACAAGGGCCAAAAAUCCUUGUCAGAAACGUUUGAAAUUAAGUCUAAAAUGUAAGAAAUGCAGAAAAAAAAA